GGCGGUUGUUUUAAUUAAAUCGUUUUAAAUCCGCCGACCCCAUAGAUAAAAAAAAAACUCGUAUAAAUCUCAGAGAGGUGACGAGUCGACGCAGGUAUUCUCCAGGUCAUCGACUCACCGUCUGUUCAGAAAAAAACUCUUGAGCUUCGAUCUUUCCGUCGUCUUCUCUCGUCGCUUCCCUUCGUAGUAGUUUUUUCACUUCAUAAUCGAACUACAGAUGGAGACUGAGAUUCCACUUGUGGUGGCUGAGACCAUUGCUCAAGCCGAAAAGAAAGUCGCCAUGGCUUUAGAUGAUAUCAUCAAGCUGUCAAAGAGAAAUGCCAAAGUGGACAAGGGCAAAAAACCAAGGAGAGGAAAGAACAAAAAUCAAAACUUCAAUGGAGCUGCGAGGAGUAAUACCUCUAAAGUGCGGCAUUAUGCGAGCUCACUUUCUACAGUUAGACAGGGUGCUGUUGCAAAGAGAAGGUCUAGUUUCCAUGGGAAUCAGUUCCCUGCUACGACAAACAUUGCUCGUAAAGCCGCCACUACUGCUCCUCCACUCAGAGUCCAUGGUAGAGCUUUCAAUGCGGGAAGGAUGACUAAUGUCAAUCAGCCAAGGCUUAUUGCUCCACAAGUCCAGAAUAGAUCUGUACACACUAGCUUCAUCGCAAAGAGGCAUGAGGUAGAUCAGAAAGUAGAAAAGGGAGGAAAAAAGAUGAAGACACUGGACUCUCGGUUUGCAAGCAUAAUAGAGCAGAGAAAGAGUAACAACAACAACAACUAUGGCGUUGGAGUGCAAGUUCCAAGGAUGCCACCAUGGGCUAGAGCCAGAAGAUUUACGUACUGAGAGAAACCACAAAGCUUUUAUGAAAGAUCCAUUAUAGAUAUUGGCUUUUGGUUUUAGAUCCUUGUUUAGCACUAAGUAAUGCAAUUUUUUUGUGAAUCUAUGACUCAGCUUACUAGUACUACACUACUACGUAUAUCUUCAAGUUGCAUCCAAGAAAGUAAUAAAGAUAGCUUGAAUCUUGGAUUUUCAUUUGGUGUGUUUCAUUGCGGC